CGCAAAUACUCAAGAGCUGUUGGUUCAGUUCUUUGGGGCAAUAGCUUGAAACCGCUGCAAAUUUCUCAGCGACUGACCAGGCUGCACAAGCUACGGACGGUUUCUGAGCCUCACUCUCAUGCGCCGUCCUUAACCUUUUUGUCGACACCUGCGCGCCACCAUGUAGGUUUUUCGAGUCGAAUUGGUCGAACGUUUUUCUCUGACCGUCCAGUUGACUCUUUUCACUGUCCCUAGAAACUGUCCUUCCCGCUGCAAUGUCUUUCCCCUUCCGGUCCGCUUCCGUAGCAGCGGUGCGGUGUCUGGUUUUCGUCCUUUUUCGUUUGUAGCUGCGACAUUGGCCACCUGGAAUUCCCGUAUUUCCAAGUUUCCACUCGUUUGAAUCUUCAUCUGGACUUCGAACUUCAGAAGGGACAUUUCUGGCAUCUCCAACUUGAAUUUUUGCCGAAGUUUCGUCUUCAAACGCCUUUCUCUCGCGAAAACUACCCAACAGAUCUGCCUCUGGGACGCAGUCGAGUUUCGUCUCGACUGUAUGUGGAUUUCCUUGGUAGUGCCGCUCGUUUCCACUGAAUGUGUACAUCCCUGGACGACUUGUUUUUUGUCUGCUCAUGUGAAAUGCCAUUCUUUCUCGUUUCUUUCCAGCCCACUCUCGCGUGAAUGCUUCUCAACCCGCCCUGCUGGAAAACACCGCGUUGCAGACCCGUUCUCCCCCGCAUCCGUCGUCUUCUUUUUGCUUAAUUGGAAUGCACUUCAUUUUUUGUGCACUCCAGGACGCCCGUCUUUGCGAGGUGUACCACCAGCGCCUCCGACCCCGGUGUCUGUCGCUUGGACCGCAGUUCGGCGAUGCUUGCUUUUCCCGAGUGUUUUCGCGAAACUCUCUCUUCUCUGUCUUUUUUCACCGUCCCAGUCAAGCGCGAAACAAACCGAGGCCAGAACCAUGGCCGAGGGGGGUUCUCAGAGGACGCGCGAGUCGCCCUGCGAGGGAAGUACUGAAAGCUCGAGUCUUCCACGUGGUGUCGGGAGGCAGGGAAAGGCGUCUGCAGAUGCGCAGAUCUCUCACUCUGGCAGCUCUGCGUUGAUGAGUCCCAGAGGCGCGAAAGCGUUUACAGGGGGCGACUUGCGUCAUCUCCCUUUGUCUUUCGAAUUUCAGCAAGCGGCGCGGCUCAAAGAUACGGGGCUGCGGGGUUGUCCGAGUGUGUCCGGGGGAGUAGUUUCUUCUCCAUUUCUUUGCCAGGGAAGUGUGGCUUUGUCAGACUCUCGCGAAACUCGGGAGGGCAAGAGAAGUCCCUCGUCGACUCUCGGAGUCGAAGCGGAAGGCACGAUUUCCGCAGACCACAUGCAAACAGUAGAGGGAAAAGUGGACAGCGGUUCUCAGAGCCGCGACAUGCAGCAGACAGCGCUUGACACGCCGAUGACGAAUCCCCAUGGCCAGAUUGGUUUGGGGACUUUUGCGUUUCUAGAAAUGGAGACGAGGCGCGGUCACGGCGAGUCCGAGGCGAGCAGGAAAGUUGCUCAAAUGGCCAAGAGAUGCAGGCGGUCCUCUGUCCUCUGCUGUCGAUGCCGCGAAUCGCCGACAGCUCAGGAGGCUGUCUCUGCAAGCAACGAGGGGGAAGACAGCGACCGCAAACGGAGUGGAGACUGCGAAGACGCGCGGAGCGACACGGAAAGAAGUCUGCCUUCCACGGUAGGGAAAAGCCGGGACUGCUGCUCAUGCUGUUACUGCUCGUGCUGCCAACAGGCAGAUGGAAAACCGGAGGAAGCAGAGGGAAGACACUCAGAGGGGGAAGAACGCGACCGCCAACGACCUUCGCUGUCGACGUCAAACACGUGGCAACCGACGUCGAGGCGGAUCAUUUGCAUCGACGGCCCAAGCAGACCUGAAACCUUUGAAAGAAAUCUCCGGCAACUCUCCGACGAAUUCCCCUGCAUUCACCAAGGCCUCAUUAUUUCUUUGCUGGAAACGGCGGAGAACAACUUGUCGCAUGCACGCCAGCUCGUCCAGGUCGUCAGCGACACAACGCUAUCCUCGUCGCGUGGAGGUUCAGGUGCAGCGGCCCGAGGCCUUUCGAGUGAAGGCGACCUGGGCAAAAGAGGACCCGGCGGAAGUUGCUCUCCUGGGGACAAAAGCUUUUUCUCUUCGACUCCGGACAACACAGACUGGGAACAGGCCCCUUCGUGGCGGCCAGCGAGUCGGAAGAGACAGAUGGAGCGCGAAGACGUGGCGAGUCGGCCGCGAGCUUCGUCGCCUCGUUUCUGCGACUUAUCUUCGUUCCUCCAAACCGACAGUGCUUCCGCCGGCGGCGACGCGGCGCCGGCGUCUUCCGCCUCGCUCGCUGCUGCCCCCACCGUCUCACGUGUGCCUAGCGGGUCUCUUUGUGCGGCCCCGAACGCGAGCGCUUCCUGCGAGUUGCGAAACUGCUACGCCCGAGGAAGUUGGGCCAGCAGAGAGGCGCCGUCUCCACCAAAUCCUGCGACGGCUGGCGCCUUUGGAAACUCCGGCGCGGGUCUGGGGGUCACGGUCGAGCUGUGGUCUGUCGAGUGGACUCAGCGCAUGCUGCGCGUGAUCUACUCCGCCACGAGUGCGGAAGACGCGAAGGCGAAACUUUCCGCUCUCAUGCAGGAGCAGACAGAGCAACUCUUGAACAUCCACGCGGGCACACUCUCCGUCAUGCCCUUCCACAAUGGAGGCGAACGCGAGACCGGCGCAGUCAGUCGCGAGACCACUUCAGGGGUAGACCCCGUGGGCGCAGAGAACGGAAGGCUCGAGGAGAUGGAGAAGAAGGUAGAACUACUGCAAACUGACAAACUGCUUCUUGCGCGAGCGGUGAAGGCACAACACGAGCGGAUUCAAAGUCUGCAAGCAGCGCUUUCCGAGAAGACAACCGAGCUGGAACGUGUGCAGGGAGAGAAACGAGUGCUGCAGCAAGAUGUGCAAAAAAUCAAAGACGCAGCGGCAGCGCUGCUUCUCGGGAGUUCCUCUCUACGGGCGGGGAGUUCCUGUCGAGACAACAACAGCCCCUUCGAUCGACCGUUUCCGGAUGUCUGCUGAUUGCCAACUCUCACCCUCCCCCUUCUUGAUUGCACUGGAGAAUCCCGAGGAGCUGGUGCUGGCAAACUACGGGGACUGCGACGAGGCUUCUGAGACUGCGAAAUAGUCGAUCUGGAUGUGUGCUGCUGGGAAGCGCAUUCGACCACGCGGUGGCAUCUUCCGCUUUUGGUCCGUUUUCUCUUUAAAUGUCGGAAUGAAAAUGCUUUUUUCGGGCACCUUAUUUCCGAAUCGUGCGCGACGUCUCCUCGUGCAGAACGGAGUGUCAAAGAAACGGGGUGCGACGGCUCCUUUCUGGGUCCAGUGGACUGCUCUGCCACAGAGGUCAGUGUCCCACAAUUCUGUCUGUUUCCGGAGUCUCUUGUUUCGUUGGCUUUGGGGGAUGUCAGGCCCUUUUGUAACGCCAUCCAGGCAGCGUACGUGGCCGGUGUUGUCACAUGGAGUGUUGUUGAACCGUUCAAAACUCAUUCGUAUGCACUUUUGCGCUCGCUGGCGUCUUGAUAACCUAAAGGUAGUCUUUCCGUGGAGAGGAAAUGUGAGCAGAUACUCGGUCCACAACUUGUUAAUCCUAGUGAAAGACAGUGUUCAUUGGCGCUGGAGAAGCAUGGCAAAGAAGCAACUCCGGGCGUUCAUUCUCUUUCGGACCCACACAGCGUGGGAUCUAGUAGCGGAUAUGUGUCCGGCCGUCUCUACGUUUUCCAGCCGGAAGCCGUUUCCUUCUAAACACUGCGUAAAGCCUGC